AUGAAAAUGACAUCGUCAACAUCAAUAAAUUAUACACUUAAAAAAUAUAAACCAUUUUGCUUAUACGAUAAUUCAGUUAACUACAGAAAAAUUUUUAUUCCCGUUAUGGAAAGAAGUUCUAUACGUAUCUUCAGUUAUCAAAAAACAGCAUUUGAUACUCUUCAUAUGGGUCAUGCACGAUUGUUAAAAGGAUCAAUAAAAUCAUAA